AUGGUCCGACGAGACGAGUAGUCUGAUACGAGCUUUAUGUUUAGUUGUGUCGUAAGCGUAGAAAGAAAAUAAAGUUUGUUUAUAUGAUUUAUACGCAUAUUUGUACAAACGCGCUGGCAAACAAGCGUAUUUUUUACCUAAACUGGUAAAUUUUAAUUAAACAACAUGGUGACAGGACCAACUGAACAUGGAAUACAAGCUGAUGUUAUAUUCGUCAUUGAAGGAACAGCCGUUAACGGCGCAUACCUUAAUGACCUUAAAACAAAUUAUGUUAUUCCAACAUUGGAAUAUUUUAGUCAAGGUGGCAUAGAAGAUAGGGAAUAUGUUGCUGAGAAUAGCACGACAUUAUAUGGAAUAGUCGUUUAUCAUGCUGCUGAUUGCUUACCAUCUCCGUGCACUGAGACUCUAGGACCUUAUUCAAAUCCUCACAAGCUACUGAUGGUUCUAGACAAGCUUGAAAUGGUUGGUGGAAAGGGAGAAUCUUUUGCAAACAUAGGUGAAGGUCUUGCAACAGGAUUACUAUGUUUUGAAGACUUGCAGCUGAGACGGGAGCCAAAUACAGCUUCACAAAAACAUUGUAUUUUAAUUUGUAAUUCGCCUCCGUAUCAAACCAUGAUUCAAGAAACUUACAAAUUCGCUGGUCAUACCAUUGAACAAUUAGCUACUAUUUAUCAAGAGAGGAAUAUUAAUAUUUCUAUAUUAUCACCAAGAAAAAUUCCGGCAUUGUAUAAAUUAUUUGAAAAAGCUGGCGGUGAUUUACAGUCCUCGCAAACAAAGAAUUAUGCCAAGGAUCCACGGCAUUUAGUACUUUUGCGAAAUUACAAUUUAAAAGAACGACCAGUCAGUCCUCAAAUGGGCGGUAAUGUUCACAAUACCGCGGCUACCGCUGCACAAAUACCCUUAAGUCCACUGCAGAGUAACGACAGUCCUAACACUAAUCAAGUGCAGCAGAAUAUCGCACCGCCGAAUCAGCAGCAGGGUCCUCCUUUCAGAAACCAAGCCCCUCCUCAGAAUAUCACCUCUGUGCAUCAAACUGUUACGCCGUCUAUGGCGGCACCAAUGAAUACCGCCCGACCGCCUUACAAUCCUCAGAUAGCCGCACCACCAAAUUAUCAUCCACCGGGAGUAAACAUAGCCACGAGGCCCAGAUGGAUGCGACCAUUCAUAGCACCGGGUGCAACUGCGCCUGCAAAUACACAAGGCAGUGCGCUAAUAGCACAAUUAACACAACCGCCUUCAUCAUUAGGACUCAAUGUAGCUGCGUUUAAUCAACGAUUAGAUGUGGCUGGCAAUAAUGUUAUGGCAGCUAAUCAGCAACAGCAGCAGCAGCAACUCACACAGCAACAGCAACAACUGCGCUUGACGAUGCAGUUGCAGCAGCAAAAUGUUCAACAGGCUACCAUGUCUAUGGCCGCUCAACCGACUCAUAAUCAACCAGGAUCGCAGCUUACUGCUUCUUGUAUUAGCCAGUCUGUACCUACUCAAGUCUCACAAACUGUUACAGCUUCACAGCAAGCACCGGUCUCAGUAUCUUCUAUUACGCAACAGAUUACUCACUCUCAAGCACAAGGCAAUGUAUCUACUGGUACUGUACAAAAUCAACAACUUGUGCCACGCGAGCGCCAGAACAUCUGGCAAGGUAUCGUAGAAUGGAUCGAAAAGGCCAAAAAUCCAACAGAUGCGCAAAAGCAAACGAGACAUGUCCCGUGUCAAGUUUCCGCUAAUGCGAAAGACGGAGAUCCGGAAUUGAAAGCGGAUACAUGGCCACCUAAAUUGAUAAUGCAAUUGAUGCCGAAACAAUUGAUAGGAAGUAUUGGUGGUACUUAUCUGAAGAAUUCUAAAUCUGUUGUAUUUCACCCGACGCCAUGUGAAGCAUUAGAAUCCUUAACAAAAAUGAUGACAGCUGGAUUUGCAGGUUGUGUUCACUUUACUUCUGCGUCAUCAAGUCCAGCUUGUGAAAUAAAAGUACUUAUACUUUUGUAUACUACAGACAAAAAAACGUAUUUAGGUUUUAUUCCAAACGACCAAACAGCUUUUGUAGAUCGUCUUCGCAAGGUUAUUCAACAGCAGAAAACAUCUCAAAACGCUUCUGUAAGACAGGCUAAUCCUGGACCAGGUAAUACGAUUCCCGCACCCAUGCCUACUACCGGUACACAGGGGGGUAUUCUUAUGUCCCAAACAAAUACGAUGGCAAUGGGAGGUGGUCAAAUAACACAGAAUAUCGUGUCCACCGUUCCUCCACAAACUUUAACUUCGACUAGUGGUCCCCAAAUGACUCAAAUGAAUAUGCAGAAUAGCGGAAUUAGUGGCCCACAAGCAAAUACUGGUGCCGGAGGUAUGAUCGGCCAACAAAGACCUCCUUAUGAUGAUAUAGAAAUCGCCAGGCAUCAAAAUUUGCUAAAGAUUCAACAUCUAAGGCAAACGUUAGAGGCUGCCCAACAGCAAGAGGCACAGUAUAAGUCUCAAUUGGAAGUAAAUAUUCAACAAAACCUAGAAGUGGCACAACAACAAGAGAUGCAGUAUAAGCAACAACUUGAGGCGCAACAAGCACAGAGAGGCCUCAAUCCGGCCGCAAUGGCUAAUCAACAGGCGAAUUCUCAACGUUUGAUGCGUCCAGUCUCCACUAACAAUCUUGGUCUCAGACAUUUAUUACAACAGCCACAACCUCAAUAUAGCGUUCGGCAAGUAUUCGGAGUACAACAGCAAAUGGUAGGUCCGAGAGGGCAAAUAGCAACGAGACCAAUGGCUCCCGGUAAUGCACAAAAUCAGCAGUUUGAAGAUGUGUCGAAUUAUGAUUUUCUUGGUUAAGCAUUACCAGUAAGUUUUCUUCUUUUUUUUUUAUUUUUUUUAAUUUUACUAUAUCAUAUAGUAUAUUAGUAUACAUGCACACUCGCCAUGUGUGCGCUUGCACGUAUCCAUGCACAAAUAAAAGGAAAUAUAGGAGAGCAUAAUAUAAUUUUAAAAUUUUGUAUAUUUAUGAGAAUAAAUAAUACUUGUACAUAGGAAGAAAUACAUGCCCAAAAUACGUAUAUAUAAAGUUAUAAAUCAAGGUGUCCGUUUUUCAACUAUUUGUUGAAAAUUUUCUGGAUAUUUUUGGCAACAUUAAUAUUAGAUGCGCUUUCUCCUUUUGUUGUUACGU